AACUUCAAAAGGUGAGCAGGGGCUGGGGGCCCCAGACUACAGGCGGCGUCCGCAGCGGCAGCAGCAGCAGCAGCAGCAGCAUCUGUAGUGAAGACAUGGAAGACCAGAGUGAUCUCGUCUCCAACAACGAGCAGCUGCCCAUACUGGGUCAGCGCCCUGGAGCCCAGGAGAGGAAGUGCGGCCGCGGAGCCCUGUACACCGGCUUCUCCGUCCUGGUGGCGCUGCUCCUGGCCGGCCAGGCCGCCACGGCCUACUUCCUGUACCAGCAGCAGGGCCGGCUGGACAAGCUGACCGUCACCUCCCAGAACCUGCAGCUGGAGAGCAUGCUCAUGAAGCUCCCCAAGCCCUCCAAGCCCAUGAAGCAGAUGAGGAUGGCUGCCCCGCUGAUGAUGCAGGCACUGCCCAUGGAGAGCCUGCGGCACGGGCCCCCGCAGAACGCCACCAAGUACGGCAACAUGACCCAGGACCAUGUGAUGCACCUGCUCCUGAGGUCCAACCCCCUGAAGGUGUACCCCCAGCUGGAGGGGAGCUUCCCAGAGAACCUGAAACACCUGAAGAGCACCAUGAACGGCCAGGACUGGAAGGUCUUUGAGAGUUGGAUGCACCAGUGGCUCCUGUUUGAAAUGAGCAAGAAACCCCUGGAAGAGAAGCCUGCUGAGGCUCCAACCAGAGUACUGACCAAGUGCCAGGAGGAGGUCAGCCACGUCCCCGCCGUCCACCCCGGCACAUUCCGUCCCCAGUGCGACGAGAAUGGCCACUACCUGCCCCUCCAGUGCCACGGGAGCACCGGCUACUGCUGGUGCGUCUUCCCCAACGGCACCGAGGUCCCCCGCACCCGGAGCCGCGGGCGCCCUAACUGCAGCGAGCCGCUGGACGCGGAGGAGCUGUCUUCCGGGCUGGGUGUGACCAAGCAGGACUCGGGCCAAGUCGUCAUGUGAAGACAGCAGAGGCCAUCACCCAGCCCCCAGCCAGCGCUGA